AUGCCUCUCGCUGCGGCAGGACGCACCAAGGGGGAGCGGCGGCCGGAGCUCUGCUUACUGGCCGUGCCUGAAAUCAGUGAGACAACAUGCACCACGGAUGUGGCCGAGAGCCGAGCCAGAACGUGCCGGCACGUGAGCGCCCGGGGCUGCCGCGAGGGCGCAAGCGGUAGCCUCGGCUUGCAAAGACCGCCGCGUUUCUUCCAGGAAGCCUCCCGAAGCCAGGCGCGCGAGGGGCGGCCCCCGGCCCCCGGCUCCAGGGGCAGUGGCUCCACCCGCCUCCUUCGCCGAGUUCCAGCGCCGGGCACCCCGGGCGGGGGGGCGGGGUGUGGACUGGCUGCAGGCGGGGCGCGGGAAAGGGCGCCCCGCAGCUCCGGAACCUUACCUCCGGACAGUCGGCCUCAUGGCUGCGGAGCCUCUCCGGGCGGCGGGGAAGGCGGGGGCUGCUUCUGGGCCUGGGCUUGGGGGUGCUGCGGCCGUCGUCUCACUCCAUGUCCCAUUCUCGAAUGUUAUUCUGUGACAGAUAACCGAGUCACCCGGGCAGCCGCCGAUGUUCUGACUGCGUCCAUUGGCCGCCGCAACAAAGAGGGGCGGGGCCCGAGCGCGGGACUCUCACAGCCCGGGGCUCCGGCGCGCUCUGAUUGGCUCCCCAGGUUCCUGGGCGGGAGCGAAGGGGAGGAGGGGGCCCCGGGCGGCCGCGCGAAAGGCGAUCGCGGUCGUGCCCUGGGACCCCCGCGGGGGCGGAAGCAGCCAGAGGGGAGCCAUCAAGGAGAAAUGCAGAAGGAGGCGGAGCGCACUGUCUGCCAGGUCUGUCCUGCCGGCACAGCGCAGCGGGUGGGCGGUGCUCGGGAGGACUUCAGCCUGGAGAAGGAUAAGUGCGUUAAAGGCAGCUGA